AUGCCGGAUGAUCGUGAUAACAAUGCUCAAGACGAACGAGACCUCGAAUUCUUCCAGAAACUCGCCUCGUCCCAUCACUUGCCUGCUCCUAAGAAAGCUCACCGUCACCAAUGCUCCUCCAAAUUUCGCCCGCUCAAGCUCCAAUUCGACUCCUCGCUAGACCGUGAUAUCUUCCUGCAUGGCUUUCACCGGAUCCGCUCUUCUGAGAAAUCUCUUAUGGACAUCGCCAGCAAACCCCGUGCCCGACGUGAUCUGACUCAACCUGAACUUGAGACCCUGCGUGCCUCUCGGAAGUAUGUCUACGAGCAGAACAAGAUUGCCAAAGAGUCCAAAUUCAUCAUGUCUGAUAUCACCUACAAGCUCAAUUCCAAGCCACGUCCUUUUGUAUAA